AUGUCAAAUAAGAAACAUCAAAUUAAAGAUCCAAUGUUUAUUAGUAUCAAUAUUUUGACCUUUAGACAUCUGGAUGAUUUGAUUAUCGGUGUCAACAGAAAGGUAAUCGAUGAGAAGUUGGCCGCAGAGUUACUUUCUUUGAUGUUUGGUCCAGGUAGCGAUAAGGUUCUCAACUUGCUCACCUCUCGUUCAAUCACCGUACCAAAGAACAUUCAUGUCGAUGCUGAGAGUAUCAUCAAGGGUACCUACAAGGUGCUUGAAAACAUCAAUCAAGUCAAAAAGAAAUUGAACAUCCCACUUUCAUUCUUGCCACCAAUGGAUCACUUUAAUAAAUUGUUAGCGCAACACAAAAACAACAAGAUUAACAGCAGCAAGACUAAUAGCAACCAGAGCAAUAGUAGCAACAAACCAACUACACAAAAGAAAGUAAGCAAAGCUGCCCAACCACAAAAGAAAGAAAGCAAAGCUACAAAUCCAACUCCAACAACAUCAGCACCAUCACAACAAGCUAAACCCGCCUCUACUCAACAACAACAAGCUAAACCCGCUGCUUCUCAACAACCACCACAACAACAAACUAAACCCGCUGCUACUCAACAACAACAAGCUAAACCCGCUGCUACUCAACAACCACCACAACAACAACAAACUAAACCCGCUGCUCAACAACCACAACAACAACAGCAAGCUAAACCUGCUGCCACAGCUCCAACACCAGCGGCUUCCUCGACGACUACAGGAUCUCUUCCUUCAGAAACAAUGACAGCAGAACAACUCAGGACCCAGGUUCAAAAUCAUUUCAAUGGUUUGGCUUUGGUAUUCAAACAUAAUCUCAUUACAGAACAAGUCAUGCGAGAACAUCUGGUUAAACUAUUCGGCGCCAAUUCACAAACAUAUUUGGAGAAAGUAAUUUCGAUUCCACCAUCAAAGAUACCUGAAUUGCCAGAAAACUUUUCAGCUCAAGCAUUACUUGCCAAAACUGAUGUAAUUGCAAGAGCAGCUGACGAAUGGAAGAAAAAAAACCAAAAAUAA